AUGGAUCUCCAAAGGCGUACCGUGGCAGUCGCGUCUGCCGGCAUUAGAAUUGCUUCAUAUUUCUUUUUGCGCUGGGCAGCCUUACCACCCGCCAUUUACGUCGUGUACACAUUGUUUGCCAUCUACGUGCCGACCUUCAUCUCCCAAUGGAGACGUGAACCUGAAGUUGCACUUGUCGACGAGGUCGAUGUUGCCGUCACGGACAAACUAGUCAAUGAGGAUGGGGAACCCGUCAUAGAAGAAGAUGUCGAAAUUGUCGAAAAGGUUGCUCUUGUCGACCGUCAGCCGACACCUCUGUGGACCCUUCUCAGUGGUCUACCGAAUCCUGCAAGCAAAUUGCCCUCGCUGAUUACAUUGCUCAUCAACGCGGCUUGUGUGGCCAUGAUCACAGACGUCGUCUACAGACCGCGCUGGCAGUAUCCCAGUCAUGACCUGUCCUUUGCCAGAGUCGGCUAUGUCUCUGACACCGAGGCAAAGCUCCUUAUCCGAGAGCCCGAUCAGUCAAAAAUGCCCAUUACUGUUCAGGUACACCUCAAGGAUGCUCAGCCACCCUUUGACAACCCGCUGUGGCAGACAGCUGGUGGUGUCAAGUGGACGAGCAACGAGACCGACUAUACAGCUGUGGUGACCAUCCCUCUGACCCAUGGCAAGCAACACACUUACGAAUGGACCACAUCGAACAACCACUCUGGAGAGUUCACAAGUGCUCCCAAAGCUGGAAGGAUGCCAGAUUUGUACGAUGGAAAAUUCACUUUUCUGGCUACUUCAUGUAUCCUGCCAAGACUGCCAUAUAACCCCUUGGAUCAUCCCUUGGCGAUCCCCGGCAUGAGGCACAUGGCCAAGGUCCUUCCUAGUCUGGGCGCGCAGUUUAUGCUCUUCAUGGGCGACUUCAUCUACAUUGAUGUUCCGAAUCUGUUUGGCAGUACUGUCGAGGACUAUCGACAGAAAUACCGACAGGCUUAUGCUUCUCCCGACUGGGCUCCCAUCGGCCAGAACCUGAGCUGGAUUCACGUUCUUGACGACCAUGAGAUCCGCAAUGAUUGGGACUCGAAAUCAGCAGGAGUCUACAAGACCGCUGUCGACCCUUGGCACCACUAUCAGACCGAGGUGAAUCCUCCUCGCGCCAAGACUGCCGCGACCGGAGGCACCCUCAGUCGAUCUGAUGCGACCUACUUUUCCUUUACCCAAGGACCAGCCAGCUUCUUCAUGCUUGACACUCGCAGCUACCGCUCCAAGAACAAUGAGCCAUUCGAGAGUACCAACAAGACUAUGCUCGGUGAGGAGCAGCUAGACGAUUUCCUCUACUGGCUCCGUCGCCCGGAGCCCGUUGGUGUAAAGUGGAAGAUUAUUGCUAGCUCUGUCCCACUCACCAAGAACUGGCGCGUCAACACCAAGGACACAUGGGGUGGUUUCCUCCAUGAGCGCCGAACAGUGCUGGAAGCCAUGUGGGAUGCCGGUGUAGCUGGAUACGGAGUUGUGGUGCUUUCUGGCGACCGCCACGAGUUUGGCGCAACGGCCUUCCCUCCGCCCAGGGAGAGUAAGUGGCCCGAGAGUGUAACAGUGCAUGAGUUUUCGGCCAGUCCCCUGAACCAGUUCUACUCUCCUAUUCCGACUUACAAGCAAACAGACGACGAGGACGUUGAGUUGAAAUACAUCAACACUGGCAACUCUAAAUUUGGAGCCUUGACAAUUGAGAACCGCGCUGAUGGGGAGCGAAGCAGUCUCUUCUACAGACUAUACAUUGAUGGAGAGGAAAAGUGGAAUACUGUUGUCGUCACACCAGAGCUUGUCGACGGUGUUAAGCCCACCGUUUCAUUCUGGGAUAGAGUCCGGGGAGCCGUGUCGGGCAAGAUCUAA